AAACACGUAACACACCUUGAAGGUUCCGACCUCCGGGUACCACCGAUGUGAGAGACACCGCGACGCCGGGAGCAGCAGCCGCGAGACGGGCACAGAAGAGAAGCGAAUCCGCUGCCACCGGAGGAGCCACCAUGGAGAAAGUCGGCAAAGAAUCCAAGACCAACCCGAUGGUGACGGCGGGUGUUUGGUCGAAGAUGUUGUUUUGGUGGCUCAACCCUCUGUUCCGCACUGGGUACAAACGCAGGCUGGAGGAGCAGGACAUGUUCCGAGUGAUUCCAGAGGACAGUUCCGAGAACCUGGGUCAGGAAAUGCAGAGAUACUGGGACCAUGAGAUCCAGAAGGCCUCCAAAGAGAUGCGGGCUCCAAACCUCGGGAAAGCCAUCAUCCUUUGCCACUGGAAACCAUACGCUCUGCUGGGACUCUUUACUGUCGCUGAGGAGAUCAUCAAAGUGACCCAGCCCAUCCUCUUGGGGAAGAUGAUUCAGUACUUUGAGUUUUACGACCCAAACGACAGCCGGGCUUUUCACGACGCCCUCGGCUACGCAGCUGGUUUGUCUCUGUUCGCCAUCAUCCUGGCGGUGCUCCAUCACUACUACUUCUACCAGCUCCAGAGAGUGGGCAGUAAGAUCCGAGUGGCCCUGUGUCACAUGGUCUUCAAGAAGGCUCUGCGUCUCAACAACCAUGCCAUGGGAAAGACCACCACGGGCCAGAUCGUCAACCUCCUUUCCAAUGACGUCAACAAGUUUGAUGAUAUGACCAUCUUCUUGCACUUCCUUUGGGUUGGGCCCCUCCAGGCAGCUGUGGUUGUCGGGCUUCUGUGGGUGGAGAUUGGUCCGUCGUGCUUGGCAGGCAUGGUGGUCCUCUUGUUCCUGAUGCCCAUGCAGUCCCUGUUUGGAAGGUUCUUUUCAAAGUACAGGACUCUGACAGCAUCCCUGACCGACAGCAGAAUCCGUAUCAUGAAUGAAGUGGUGUCUGGAAUGAGGAUCAUCAAAAUGUACGCCUGGGAGAAACCAUUUGCUGCUCUGGUCACUGAGGUCAGAAGGAAGGAGAUCUCCACCAUCCUGAGCAGCUCCUACCUGCGAGGUCUCAACAUGGCCUCCUUCUUCUGCGCCAACAAGGUCAUCCUCUUCUGCACCUUCACCGUCUACGUGCUCCUGGGAAACAAAAUGUCGGCCACCAGUGUGUUUGUGACGGUGUCGCUCUACACCGCCGUGCGGCUCAACGUCACACUCUUCUUCCCCGCUGCCAUCGAGCGGCUGUUUGAGGCCCGAGUCAGCGUCCGCAGGAUCCAGGUGUUCUUGAUGCUCGGUGAGAUCGAGAGAAGAAGUGUUGCUCUGCCACAGCAGGAGACGAAGGACGCAUCUGUUGAAAUCCAGGAUCUGUUCUGCUACUGGGACAAGAGUCUGGAUUCUCCAUCUCUGCAGAACGUCUCUUUCAAUCUGAAGUCAAAUCAGCUGUUGGCUGUAAUCGGACCAGUAGGAGCUGGAAAGUCGUCCCUGCUGUGCUCCAUCCUGGGAGAGCUGCCCGUUGAAAAGGGUUUGCUGAAGGUCAAUGGUAAGCUGACGUACGCCUCCCAGCAGCCCUGGGUGUUUCCUGGAACCAUCCGCAGCAACAUCCUGUUUGGGAAAGAGAUAAACCCUCAGAAGUAUGAGCGUGUCCUGAAGGCCUGCGCUCUAAAGAGGGACCUGGAGCUGCUUCCAGACGGAGACUUGACGCUGAUCGGAGACCGAGGAGCCACGCUCAGCGGGGGGCAGAAGGCUCGAGUCAACCUGGCGAGGGCCGUGUAUCAGGAGGCGGAUGUUUACCUCCUGGACGAUCCACUAAGUGCUGUGGAUGCUGAGGUCGGGAGACACCUCUUUGAACAGUGCAUCUGUGGCCUGCUGAAGAACAAGCCCCGGAUCCUGGUCACCCACCAGCUGCAGUACCUGCAGAAAGCUGAUGAGAUCCUGGUCCUCAAGGAGGGUUUCAUGGUGGCCAAAGGGACAUACACAGAGCUGCAGCAGUCUGGAGUGGACUUCACCUCCCUGCUGAAUAAUGAGGAGGAGGAGCAGCAGGCUCCUCUAGACGUCCGCAGCAGGAUCAGAACUCUGUCCCAGAACUCUGCCCUCUCUCGCACCUCCUCUAUGCAUUCAGUCAAAGAUGGCGACCAGUUACCGGCCGAGGCUGUGCAGACCAUGGCAGAGGAGAGUCGAUCUCAGGGAACCAUUGCAGCGAGCCUGUACGUCAAAUAUCUUAAAUCUGGAGCCCACACCGUGUUUAUAGUUUUCAUCCUGGGGAUCAACGUUUUGGCUCAGGUGGCGUACAUCAUGCAGGACUGGUGGCUGGCAUACUGGGCUGACGAGCAAGAGAAGCUCAACAAAAACAGCACGAUGAUCGUAAACGGACAGAACGUCACGGCCGAGCUGGAUAUCAACUUCUACCUGGGCGUUUAUGCAGGUCUGACUGCAGCCACCAUCAUCCUCGGCUUCGCCAGGAACAUCUUCAUGUUCAACGUGCUGGUGAGGUGUGCCCAGGCUCUGCACAACCAAAUGUUCAAGUCCAUACUCCGAGCGCCUGUGCGCUUCUUUGACACGAAUCCCAUCGGAAGAGUUCUGAACCGGUUUACAAAGGACAUGGGUCAGCUGGACUCCAACAUGCCCUGGACUUUUGUGGAUUUUACUCAGGUGUUCUUGCAGAUUCUCGGGGUGAUCGGUGUGGCGGUGGCGGUGCUCCCCUGGAUCCUCAUCCCUGUGGUGCCCCUGCUGAUCGUCUUCCUCUACCUCCGCCGCUACUUCCUGCAGACCUCCAGAGACAUCAAACGCCUUGAGGCCACCACUCGGAGUCCCGUCUUCUCCCAUCUGUCCUCGUCUCUCAAUGGCCUAUGGACGAUCCGAGCCUUUGGAGCUGAGCAGAGGUUCCAGGAUGUGUUUGACGCCCAUCAGGACCUCCACUCAGAGUCCUGGUUCCUGUUCCUGACCAUCUCUCGCUGGUUCGCUGUCCGUCUCGACGGCAUUUGCUCCAUCUUUGUUAUCAUGGUCCUGUUUGGCUGCCUGCUGCUCAGAGACCAGCUGGACGCUGGCUCCGUGGGUUUGGUUCUGACGUACUCGGUCACACUGAUCGGCAUGUUCCAGUGGGGGAUCAGGCAGAGCACAGAGGUGGAGAACAUGAUGACGUCAGUGGAGAGAGCAAUGGAGUACACUGAACUGGAGAGUGAAGCACCCUGGGAAACCGAGAAGCGCCCUCCUCCUGAUUGGCCGCAAAAAGGGCUGUUGACCUUUGACCAGGUCAGCUUCUCCUAUGGCGGCGAGGGACCGAAGGUGCUGCAGGACCUGAAAGUGAUGUUCAGACCCAAAGAGAAGGUUGGUAUCGUUGGGAGAACGGGGGCUGGGAAAAGCUCCCUGGUCUCAGCUCUGUUCCGUCUGGCAGAGCCUGAGGGAGAGAUCUACAUCGAUGGGGUUCUCACCUCUGAGAUCGGCCUCCAUGACCUGCGCCAGAAGAUGUCCAUCAUUCCUCAGGACCCGGUGCUGUUCACUGGCUCCAUGAGAAAGAACCUGGACCCUUUUAACCAACGUGAAGACGAGGAGCUGUGGUGCGCUCUGGAAGAGGUGCAGCUGAAGGCCGUGGUGGAGGACCUGCCUGGUAAGCUGGAGACGGUUCUGGCUGAGUCGGGCUCUAACUUCAGCGUGGGUCAGAGGCAGCUGGUGUGUCUGGCCCGAGCGCUGCUGAGGAAGAACCGCAUCCUCAUCGUCGACGAGGCCACGGCCAACGUGGACCCCAGGACAGAUGAACUGAUCCAACAGACCAUAAGAGACAAGUUCAGAGAAUGCACCGUGCUCACCGUCGCUCAUCGACUCAACACCAUCAUAGACAGCGACAGGAUACUGGUUCUAGAUGCAGGGAGAAUCCACGCCUACGACGAACCCUACACUCUCCUUCAAAAUCCUCAGGGCAUCUUCUCCAAAAUGGUGCAGCAGACUGGUAAACAGGAGGCAGCAGCUCUACUGGAGGCCGCUAAAGUGGCGUAUGAGAAGAGAAACCGCACCAGCACACCAGACGAUCACGAAUAUAGUCUGGUCCUCUGUGAGACGGCCAUGUGAGCUCAGGGAGAAAAGCCAGAGAACUUCACAAAGUGCCUGAGCCGACUAUACCUACAUGUUUCCUUCAAGCUGGGAGCCUUGAAACCACUGCUGUAAAAACUUGAUAUAGACACUAUUUAUUUUCUAUGCCUGCUAUUUAUAUGUAAACAAAUUGAGGCCUUAGAAAAACUGCUGUAAAAUGGCCUCGUAACCCUUUUAAAUAAUGUACAAGCUUUACUUCGGGUUUGAUUUUGUACAUGUUAAUGUUGAUAUAACGGUCGAAGUUGCCUUUGUAAAUAUGAGUGAUUGCACAGGAUUAAUGAACAGUUCUGAAUUUACAAAGGGGGAAACAGCUGCUACGACAGAGCUGGAGUGUGUUGAAUUAUCCUUGUUGUUCAAAUUGACACUUUUAGUUUGUCAGUGUUUUUACACGUGUUCCGACGAUCUGACAUGUUUGUGCUUUGUUGUUUCAAAUGCUAUAUAAACACAUACAUGUCCUUCUUUUAA